ACGACUCAUUUUUACUUCAUACUCUCUCUUUCCGUCUUUCUCUGACCAGAGCGAUGGAACUUAACGGCGAUGCUCGUAUCUCGGGUGAACGUCCGAUCAUCAUGGUCACCAACGACGAUGGAAUAGAUGCGCAUGGUCUUCGUGCUCUCGUUCGCGUCCUUGUCUCCACCAACCUCUACGACGUUCGCGUCUGCGCGCCCGAUUCGGAGAAAUCUGCUGUUAGCCACUGUAUAAUAUGGAGUAGACCCCUCACUGCACAAAGAGUUGAGAUUGAUGGAGCUGAAGCCUAUGCUGUAUCUGGAACCCCUGCGGAUUGCACUGGUUUGGGCUUAUCGGAAGCACUCUUCCCUUCUCUUCCUGACCUGGUUCUCAGUGGUAUAAACGUGGGUAACAACUGUGGAUAUAACAUCGUCUAUUCUGGAACUGUUGCUGGCGCUCGUGAAGCCUUCAUUUAUGAUGUGCCUUCUGCCUCCAUAUCAUAUGAUUGGAAACGUGGAGACAUCAAUGUUAAUGACUUUAUCCUUGCUGCCCAAGCUUGCUUGCCUAUCAUUAACGGCAUAAUCAGUGCGAUCAAGAACAAAACUCACCCAACAAACUGCUUUCUGAAUAUCGAUUUGCCCACUGAUAUUGCUAACCAUAAGGGAUACAAAUUAACCACACAAGGCAAAAGCUUGGAUAAAAUGGGAUGGAGACAAGUGGAGAAGGAAGCACAUGGGGCGAAGAUGUUGUCUACAAUGUCAAUGGAAACAGAUUCAGGAGUAGUCUCCGACAACAACAACAAAAACGGCACAUCUUCUCAUCAUUCACAAGAUAGCCGUUUGUUCAAGAGAGAGCUAAAGACUGUGGUGGUUGAAGAAGGGACUGAUCGUCACUUCUUACACGAAGGAUAUAUUACAGUGACGCCGAUAGGAGCUCUUUCUCAGGUUGAUGUGGAUUGUCAAAACUACUACAAAGAGUGGCUUCCCAAGAUUGCAAACCAGCCAUAGUUUUCACCCAUGUGAUGCUGCCAAAUGAGAAAAACAAAAAUCUUUUAAUAACUUACCCAAUGGCUAUUUUGGACCACAUUUUGUGGUAGACCUCUAUUAUUAUAUCAGUACU